UUCCAAUAUAAAUACACCCCAAAACAUGCACCUACACCUUAAUACUAGCCCAUCAUCGUCCCCACCAUUAGUUCCCACUCUCUCUUCUUGUCCCAAAAAGUCUCACUCUUCUCCUUCCUAUCAUCUUCCUCGAUCACAUCCAUGGAGGAUCACCAAAUUUUCUACCCAUCCAAACCAACAAACCCUUUAAAGCUUUUCGGCUUCAGCGUCGUCCACGACCCCCACCUUCUCCAAGAUGAAGACCCAGCAGUGCUUGCACACGAUGUCUCUGACCCCAUCUCCAAGCCCACUUCCCCAUCCGCCUCACCCGAUUCCGCCACAUCUGCCGGCGCCGGCGCCUUCCCUGCUUCCUCAGCCGAUAGGAAAUACGAGUGUCAGUAUUGUUGUCGCGAGUUCGCCAACUCGCAGGCCCUGGGCGGCCACCAGAACGCUCACAAGAAAGAGCGCCAGCAGCUGAAGCGGGCUCAGUUACAAGCCUCCCGAAACGCCGCCGUUUCGUUCGUUAGGAACCCAAUAAUCUCAGCCUUCGCUCCUCCGCCUCAUUUGCUCGCUCCGGCGGGCCAUGUCAUGGUUCCGCCAGCUUCUCAGACGUCUUGGGUUUAUGUUCCGCCGCGUUCCGCUCCUCCACCGUUCCACGUAUCGGUAUCACACGGGUGCAUGUUCCCUUCGCCGACGAAUAGUACCAUCUGUAGUAGUAAUAGUAAUCAGGGUGCGAGAUCGGCGGGCGGAGGGAUGUUAUCCUGUGGUAGCAGCGCAGGGGAUGGCAUGGGAUCUCAAGUACAUGGUAGGGCCCAUGGACCAUCUUUAAGUAGAUUUUCAAAAGGGGAUGCUGGCCCCAGCUUCGAUGACCCAUUGGGCUUGGACUUGCAUCUAAGCCUUGCGCCAGCUGCGCCGUGAUAAUGAUCGGCUCGGCUUGAGUGUGUGAGAGAUUUAGCCAGCUCUAUUAUGAGGGAUUGCUUAAAUUUAAACGGCUUCUUGGUGAGCUUUAAGGAAAUUAUAAGGCUCACUUAACUUCUUGUACAUUUUCAAAUUUUAUUUUUAAAAUUUUUUAAUGCAACUGGUUCCACUUUGUCCCCAUAUGUCAUUCUCCACAUAGAGUUAUAGACUGAUUUUCCCUUUUUUCU